AUGUCUCCUGGUGGACCAUCGGCUGGUGCCGUACAUUGUUUAUCAUUUCGCGAAUAUUUUUCUUUUUCACAUAUGAAAUCAAUCUGUCGUGGUUUCAUCUAUGAAUAUGAAACACCCAAGAUCGUUACUAUUCAUUCCAUAUCAAUUGCACUCACAUGUCGGCUGAUUCAACUUUUGAUUCUUUGCUAUGGCGUCGCAUAUUUGAUGGUUUAUAAAAAAGGUUAUCAAGAAAUGGAUACAUCGAUUAUCUCAUCGAUUACAUUGAAAGUGAAGGGUAUUGGUUAUAACAGAACGGGACCAAAUGAAACGUUAGUUGUCGAUGGUGCAGAUUAUAUUAUUCCUCCACAAGAGAAUAAUGCUUUGUUUUUAAUGACUAAUUUCAUUCGUACUGAUCAAAAACAUUCGCAAUGUCCAGAAACAAUUGAUAUGAAACUAGCAGCGUGUUUUGAUAACACUCAAUGUCAGAAGAAAGAUUUUUUAAAGGCAAAUGGGAGAUGGACUGGUCAAUGUAUAGGAGGGAAUCGAUCUAUGCUAAAUACAUCUAAGUCAAUAAUUGGUCGAUGUGAAAUCGAAGGCUGGUGUCCAGUAGAAAACGAUACUAAUGUUCCAGAACCGAUACGUGAUGCAUUGAAUUUUACAAUAUUUAUUAAAAACUUCAUUGAAUUUCCACGUUUUAAAGUUAUCAGAAAGAAUAUCGAACAAAGUCCAACUUACCUGAAAAGCUGUAGUUUUCAUUCGGUGAAAGAUCCCAUAUGUCCGAUAUUUCGUGUGGGAACUAUAUUGGAUGAUGUGGAAGAUAAUAAAACAGAAAUCAUUCAAAUGUUAAAGUUUGGUGGAGUUAUACGAGUUAAAAUUGAUUGGAAAUGUAAUCUUGACAAGCCAUUGCAUGAAUGUCAACCGAAAUAUUCGUUUGGACGUCUAGAUGUGCCUUUUAAAGAAGAUUCUUUCUCGAAAGGUUUCAAUUUUCGAUUUGCUUCACAUUGGAAACAUCAAAAUCAAUCGUUUCGUACCUUAACGAAAGCGUUUGGCCUCCGUUUUAUUAUAUCUGUCAGCGGUCAAGCGGGCCGUUUUGACAUCAUUACAUUAAGUUUGAACAUCGGUUCUUUGAUUGGUAUUCUCGGCUUAGCAACAGUUUUAUGUGAUAUUGUUGCAUUGUACGUUCAUGGCCAAUCAGAAGUCUAUCGUCAACAGAAAUUUCAAGAUGUCGAUCUGAAUCUAUUACGUUUAGAAACUUUGAAUAGUUUAGCCGAAGGAAUGGUGACUGAAGUAGCGAAACGUAAAAGCGCAAGAUCUUCAUCGGCUGAACAGUCAAUAAGCAGCAAAACCAUAGGAAAUCAUGAGACUAAACCAACAGAUGAUUCACCUAUAAAAGGCACACUUCAACGCCUAAAAGACCAUCGUCAUCGUCGUUUGUAUGAGAACAUCGUAUCAUCAUCACCUCAAUCUAUGAACCAUGUAUCGACAUCAUCAAAUCAUUAUCAGCAACGAGCAACAAAUUCCACGGAAAUGUCAACGGAAGAUUCGACUUCAUUAACAUCAGUUAAGCAGAGACGAUCGAUGCCAAGUCGACCAUCCCAAAUGACGUCUUUAACCCAUGAUUCACGUGAUAAAGUAGAUAUGAUUUAUGCUGAUGAAGAUUCGCCGAUACCGAAUGACAAAUCGCAUCAGAGUAUUCAUAAGAAAUCCAAUUCAAUCGGAAAUGACCAGCCGAAUCGACCGUCGCCCAAAAUUGAAACAUUCUUAUAA